AUGUACGGAUUACUCAUUGUGGGAGUGCAACAUUUCAUCGAGACCACCUAUGGGUCUGAGUGUUGGAAUCGAGUGGUUGAACGUGCGGGGCUCGGGGCGGCGGUCACCUAUCAGACACAAAAAGUCUAUUCGGAAACAAUCAUCGAGCGUAUUCUGGAAGCGUUGAGCGAGGAAAUCGGCGAGACUGUGGAUGAGUUGAGCUAUCAGAGCGGCCUGUAUUUCGCCGCGUUUACCACACAUUCAGGUUAUGAGAAAUUGCUGCGUGUUCAGGGUCGAGAUUUUAUACAUUUUUUGCAAAAUUUGGACAAUCUGCACGAACAUUUGCGUUUUUCCUAUCCGAAAAUUCGACCACCGUCGUUUUUUGUGAAAUCCAACUCGUCCGCCCGAAUCGAGUUGGUCUACUCAUCGAAACGUUUGGGCUAUGUGCACUAUGUACGCGGACAGUUGGUGAAUUUGGCCAAACAAUUUUUCGACUUGGACAUACAUGUACGACUGCUCGGGCAAGAGAGAGAAGGUUUGGUCAACCACGUCACCUAUGAGAUCACACAUGAGGGAAAGAGUUGGGGCAGUCUGGAGGCGGAUUAUGAGGAGCAGGGACUUCCCGAGUGGGGAAACACGGUACGAGCGGACGAGUUUUUCACUCUUUUCUCAUUCUAUCUGGUUCUGACCCGAGAUCUUCAGUUGAAAAAGGUCAGCCAGUCGUUUCGCAAUUUGGAUCCAGAAAUUGAAGGAGCAAAUUUAUCCGACAAAUUUCUCAUCGCUCGACCCUACAUCAGUGUGACUUUUGAUGCGGUAAGCUCAUUUUGGGGGUUGGAACAGUUCAUUUGCAAUUCCAAGUUAAGUGUACUUGAAAGAUUUAUCAGGCGUGCACUGAUGUUAAGUAAUACUGCUGAUUCCGUUGUGGGACGAAGUACACUUCUCUCUCUCCAUUCUGAGUCAUUGUAA